UAGUCACCAUUAACCAUUUACGCCACCUACAGACUUUAAAUCAUAUUAGGGGUGCGUUCGGAAACAGUGUGCUUCGGUUGUUUCAGUGGAACAGUAGUUUGUUAGUAGUGUGCCCUCAACUAGCACGUCACCGAACGCUUCUCACGUAUUAGGUAUGACGUAUAGUUCUGCUUUCAGCCAUUACCAAAGAACGACCAGAUACUAGAAUGAAGAGAGCAGUGAAGAAGAAUACGAUCGCUGGAAUGAAGAGGCAAAUAUAUUUGAAGCACGGAUACGUAAACGAGGAGAUUUCAGACACGUUACGAGAAUUGAAGGUUAUAUAAAUAUAACAAUACGCGACUAUUCAGAAAGACAAUUCAGAGAACAUUUCCGAAUGAUUAGAGAAACAUACGAAAUUUUCGAGCAAAUAUUGGCACCUGAUCUGAUUAGAACAGCGGAAAGUGGAAGACAUACUUUAGAUGUCCGGACACAGUUACUUGCAGUUCUGUGGUUGCUUGCAACUCCUGAUUCAUUCAGAUCUGUGUCUGAUCGCUUUGGUAUUAACAAAUCAUUAUUGCAUGAUUCCAUGAGAAGAGUUGUGGAUGCCUUGAAUAAUGUAGCUGACAGGUAUAUUAAAUGGCCUGUAGGUGAACGAUUGGAUGCUGUUAAACAUCGAUUUUCACGAAUUGGCUCUCUUCCUGAUGUCAUAGGGGCAAUUGAUGGAUGUCACAUUCCUAUCCCAGCGCCAAAGGUUCAUCCUAUUUCCUAUAGAACAAGAAAAAAAGAAUAUGCCAUUACACUGCAGGCUGUGUGCAAUGCAGACCUAAUAUUCACAGACUGUUUUGUUGGGUUUGCUGGAUCUGCUCAUGAUGCCAGAAUUUUCAGGAACUCUGAUCUCUGGCAUACAGUAAGAAGAAAUGAAAAUGAUUUUUUUCCUAAUAAUGAAUUCAUUAUAGCUGAUAAAGCUUAUCCGGUGUUGCCAUGGUGCAUAGCUCCACAUAUCAAUAGAGGCAAUAUGACUGAGGCACAGAACAAUUUUAAUCAGCAUCUUUCAAAAAUGAGGGCGGUUAUUGAAAGAGCUUUUGCACUUCUUAAGGGAAGAUUCCGACGGCUAAAGUACUUGCAUAUGAGCUGUGCCGAUCUGAUACCUUAUGUAAUUUUGGCAUGUUGUGUACUUCACAAUAUUUGCCUUCAAGGUUGUGAACAUGAUAUAGAUGAGUUUAUAGAAGAGGGUAUGGACCAGGAUGCUGGUGGCAACAAUAAUGCGAAUAACUUAAACCCUAAUUGGUUACUUAACGACCCAAUAGGAUUGGCCCGCCGUGAAUAUCUUACAAUUCUUGUGGAACACAUUGUAUAAUGAAAUAUAUUGGUUCUGACGAAAUAAAGCAUAAAGGCCUAUCCAGAUAAAUCUGUAUGGCUGCAUGUAUAAGACUGUUAACGUGGAUACUUUAUGUUAGAUGUUCAUUGGUCAAGAUGGUCUUAUGUUGUAAUAUCAUAUACAGCUAUGAAAGUUUGUCUGGAUAAAAAAACAUAAAACUUAAAA